CCUCCGUCUCAUUUGCUGAGCCACUUGCUAAACCGCUCGCUACCGCUUGACAUUCACUCUUAUCCGCAUUGCCGUCAUGAAGUUCGGCAAGCAGCUAGAGAUCUCGGCCAACCCGGAGUGGCGCGACAACUACGUGCAGUACAAGCGACUCAAACGGCUCAUCAAGCGCGUGGCCUUUGAGGUGGAGAAGAAGCAGAACAAGCAGAAGAAACUGCAGCAAAAGAUGGAGCACAACGCUGGAGACGUACAGCUCCAGGUGACUGUGGACGAGACCCACCCGCUGCUAAAGCCCGUGGUGGACGACGUACAAGAUGCUAAGGAUCAGUUUUGGGAGGUACUGGACGCCAACCUCAAGAUCGUCAACGACUUUUACGUGGGCAAAGUGGUCACACUCACCAGGUCAGUGGGUGAGUUCGAGACCAUGUUGGAGGACGAGAAGAAGCCCAUGGGACACGUGCAUACGCGCUCACGUACACACUCGCACUGUACGAGAAUGAAGAUGAGUGUUUUGAGGGUGAUGAGAGGCUGAGAAUGUGUUUGUUGCUGUUAUCAUAGCGGACCGCGGGUUUGCGGCGCUACAGGAGAUCUACGACACGUUGGUUGACCUACGCACGUUCGUGCAGAUCAACCACUCAGGCUUCCGGAAAAUUGUCAAGAAGGUGAGAGAGAUGUUGAAUAUUGAGGACAUAUUUCGGUUGCUCACGUGUUGAUUCUCUUGCAGUUUGACAAGACGAUUAAGGAACACACGCAGGAAGCGUUCAUGGAGCGUCUGGCUAAUGAGCGAUUUUACGCGUCUAAUGACAUUGAUGAGCUGCUGGAUCGCGUGUUUGGUCUCACGUCGCGGGACAAGCUGGAGGCUGGAAAUAUGGAACGCCGCAUGAGGCGAAUGCAGGGCGACCAGAACUCGCUCCUUCGCAAGGUGAAAAUCGUCCCCUUCUGCAUCUCGGUGGCGCUUUUUGUUUUUCUCCUGCUUGUUCGUAUUACUCCAAAAGGAGAGGACGUGCAACAGCGAUGCCUGGCCAUGCUCGUUUUUAUUACGACACUAUGGGUGACGGAGGCACUCCCGUACUUCGCAACAGCACUUCUGGUCCCACCGCUCGUUGUGUUCCUGCACAUUUUGAACGACAAGGCGCACCCCAACAACCUGCUCACAGCUAAGCAAUCCGCUAAGGAAGUGAUGUCCAUGUUGGUCAACCACACCACUAUCCUAAUCAUGGGCGGUUAUUCCAUCUCGGCGGCAUUCUCUAAAUGCCAGAUCGAGCUGUACAUCGCUGCUUUCUUGCAACGUCGGUUCAAGAAGAGUCCGAACCUGUUCCUGCUGGCAAUUAUGCUGAUGGGACUGUUCCUGUCGAUGUGGAUUAGCAACCACACUGCUCCUGUGCUGUGUGUGUCGGUUCUUCUCCCUAUUAUCAGGGAUUUUCCCACGGACAGCACCUACGUGAAGACGCUUCUUAUCGGCUUGGCCUUCGCUUGCAACCUGGGAGGAAUGAUGACCCCAAUUUCUUCACUACAGAACACGCUGGCCGUGUCGUUUUUGGAGAAGGCUGGAUACACUGUUACCUUUGGUCAAUGGAUGGCGAUGGCUAUCCCGUUUUGCACUGUCGGCACGAUUUUGUGCUGGGCGUUCUUGCUGUGGGUAAUGGACCCUCGUGAUGCUACGUAUAUUCCACAAAUCGUCUACGACCAGAAGCAAAAGAUCAGCAGCCUUCACGUCGUUGUCGUUUCAAUGACGCUUCUGACCAUCUUCUUGUGGGCGUCAUUCUCGGUGACAAGUGCCACAUUCGGUGACUUGGGUAUCAUUUCGAUGAUGUUCAUGUUCAUCAUGUUUGGCACGGGCAUGCUCAGCCAAUUCGACUUCAACUCGUUCUCGUGGCAUAUCCUCUUCCUGAUCGGUGGUGGCAACGUUUUAGGAGAUGCUGUGCAACGAUCAGGCCUUCUCGACACGCUCAGUCAGACGGUCAUCCACGCACUGCCAUCCGGAAAUGUUUGGAUGGUCACCGUCUCCCUGUGCAGUAUGGUGAUUUGCCUCACUACGUUCGUCUCGCACACAGUUGCUUCGAUCAUCCUCUUGCCAAUUAUCGUGCAAAUGGCAAUCCAAAUCGGACACCCUCACAUCCCUGUGAUCUGCUGUGCACUCGCAAUCUCUGCAGCUAUGGCGCUCCCGUUCUCGUCCUUCCCGAACAUCAACUCACUACUGGUUCUGGACGACCACGGCCAGCCGUAUUUGGAAGUGAAGGAUUUCUUGCGUGUGGGUGUGACUUUCUCCCUCGUAACGAUGGCAUUGAUUGUCACUCUCGGUUACGGUCUCAUCAUACUCGUGCUGGGAUACAAUAUCGAUCCGACGCCAGUCAUGGUGGGAGUAUAGAACAUGAGACCGUGUUGAGUUUGCUACGCGAUUCCCCGAAGUUGAGCGGAGCUCGGGGGAAGAUAGAGAUCGCAAGCAAGCUUAUUUUUUCUCCAUUUGGGAAUUUGCGAUUAAUACAUCGAUGGACUUUGCAUUGCCCUUCGGAAGCUUUGCCAAUUGCUCCAAGAUCCAUGGGUUUGGAGCUUGAAUUGAUUUUCCCAUAAGGGUCGCAAAUACACUGUUGAACAUUUGCUGUAGAGAUUUAUUUUUGUCCAAAAAAACAAUAAAAAAUACACUGAAAAACACAUACUUUCACC